UUGGAUGUAGCACAAUUUAUAUGUCAAAAAUGAGUUUAAAAAUACCGAAAAUUCUUGUGAAUACGUUUGUUUACGGUUUAGUUUUACAAAGAACUUUAUUCACAACAACUGUAAUGGCAAACCAGGAAACGGUUUCAAAAACACCGUCGACAAACUAUACUUACGAAAGUGGUAAAGUGUCAGCAGCUUUUAUAACAGUGCCAGAUAAAGAAAUUGCCAAAACAUUAGCACGGUCAAUAGUCGAAAAGCGUUUAGCCGCAUGUGUAAACAUUAUACCUGGUGCUACAUCAAUAUAUUUUUGGGAAGAUAAAAUCAAUGAAGACGAGGAAGUAUUAAUGAUGGUUAAAACAGAAACCAAACUUAUUCCAGAAUUAACUGAAUUUAUUAAAAAGAAUCAUCCAUAUUCUACACCUGAAGUGAUUUCUACUAAAAUUGAAGAUGGUAAUCUUGAUUAUUUGAAAUGGGUUUCUAGUACUGUAAAUAAACAGUAGUAGUAUUGUAAAUAUGAUUUAAAUUUUAAACUAGAAUAAACAUAACUUUUAAGUAU